AAAUGUCUCUCUUAACAACAGAAAUUUUGGACUCAUUUGUGGUCAUAACUUGAGGGCUACCUGUACUAGUCUUUAAUAUUGUUGCAUUUGAACCAGCCCACUGUCUGAGCAAUCAGUCAGGUGUCUUCGAUAGUUUAUGAGUUAUGUGUUUAACUUCAUAAAUAAAUUUUUCAAAGAAUGCUUUGGAUAUUAUUUUUUGGUAAUAUCCAAUAAUGUCAUUACAUCUUCAGCCCAACCUGGAAUCUCUGCUGUGAUUUUGAAGUCCAACACGGUUUACAGUACUGACAAAUGCUGACAAUCAAUUGGAUGCAGCUUAUAAUUUUUUAUUGAAUUCCAAUUGCAAGCAGUGCAGUCAAAUAUGACCUUAACAUGGCCAGAGGACUGGAAACAGUUUCAAGUUGACAUAGAAAAUCUACAGCAAAUGAUACACUAUCUUUGUAGUCUUGUUCAGAUGUUAUACUUUUGAAAGCUAUGGAAGAGAUAUAAAAUAGUAAGGAACACAAUAAUCAUAUAAUUAUAUUAUAUUGAAAUAUUAUAUAAUGUUUGGAUUUUAUGUAUAAAAAUCAUACUGGUAAUAUAGUUUAUUUGGUUUUGAGUUAUUACAUGGGGUGAACUUUGAUGCAUACGUUUGUGUGUGAUAUGUAAAUCUGGUUAAUUGUUUAACUGUGAUUUGUAGAAAUCUAACAAACUAUAGCUAACUAGUAGUUGAAUCUAACCUGGACAAGGUAUAAAGAGAAAAAGGCAAUUAGCAGUUCAAUAUAUUUCUUCAGCUCAAUCCAUGCAAUUCUUUCAAAUUAAGAAAGAAUUAUUUGAAUUACUUUUCUUUUCAUUGAGAACUGUGCUGAUUGUUGGUGAUACAAUGGUGGAUGGAAGAUUGUGAUUGCCAGCUCCGUGGCAACUGUUAUGAGGUCAUGAAAGCAGCUGGAAGAUUCCUGCCCUACCUAGAGAGCCAGUUGGCUUGUAGGUAAUAGAUGUUUCCUGGUGUGGUGCAGGCAAGAAAAUUUGUGCUCAUAUUAGAUAUCGACCCAGCCAAUAAUGGCCAACAUUGUGGUGAAGACCAUCUGGCAGUCCAAAGAAAUAAAUGAGGCUGGAGACACGCCAAUAGGGAUUGACAGUCGGGCUCAGGUCACCAAGGAUCAUCUGGGAAAGCCUACUAGCAUCAAAGGCUUCCCCAAAAAGAAGAAAGCCGUCUCUUUCCAUGGAGUUGAGCCCCAUUUUACCAGUGAAAGUCUCAAUCUGAACCUGAAGCGUUCUUCUGCUUGCACUAAUGUUUCUCUUCUGAAUCUAACUGAUGGGGAACGUGAUGAUUCCACUACGGAAAAUGAAUCCACAGAUGAUGGGAGUCCACCAGGGGGAGCAGGGUGCGAAAUACAGGAUAUUCUAUUUCCCAUCAAGCCAGCUUGGUCAGAAGAUGAAGAUGAUACUUCCAGCCAGCAGGAAGUGAGUAAUAGUGGCCUCUUACGAGCCAAGGAUUCUAUCACUAGCCUCAAAGAGAAGACAUCCAAGGUCACCCACCAUCUUCAGAAUCUGCAGGAAAGCUGCCGAAAGGUGACAAAAUCUGUGGAGGAUGCUGAAAUUAAGACCAGCGUGCUGGAAGAAAACUCAGCCCAGUUGGAGGAGAAACUGCGUAACUUACAGCAACAGGUUCAAGUAGAAGAUUUUCGUUGGAAAUGCAUGCUGGAGUUGGCCCAGAAGGAGGUGUUGCGGCUAUUGGCCCAGCUGGGGCUAUGCUUGGAGGGAGUGCUUCCCCAGAGGGACAGGGUACAAGUGGAACAAGGCCAGGAGCUUAGCACGCUGAGGGAAGAACUGGAUGAAGUCUCUGCUGCGGCAAAGCGGGCAUCAGUAUCACUCACUCAGAUCCGGAUAGACCUGGAUGGACUCCUGAAAGACAUAUCUCGACAUCUUGCAACAUUGAAGAAUAUGGAAGCAUCUGACCGGCCUCCUCCUAAUUGUGCUAGAUGUUCCAGCUACAGCAUUGUGAAUGCAGAGGUGCUGAGAAAGAUGUUUGAACAUGCAAUGGCACCCAUUUUGGAGGAGCUGAAGCAGCGGGGCCAAUCAGAAGGAAAAUGCCCCGGCUGCCAGCGUUUGCAGAAGACGAUGUCACAGUGAGGCACAGAGUAGACUAACCCUAGACCCCCCUGCCCCCAAUAAAAUGUUUACAGAGUGCAGUCUUUCUGGAGCAAUUUUCUGAUCCUAAGUUGAUGCAGGCCAGACCCUGAAUCCUAUUCCCAUUCUAAUCGGACAUCAGUUCAACAAAAUUUCUGGCAGAAAAAUAUAAAUCCUGGAGGUAAAGUUCAGGAUCUUCAGAGGGCAAAGUACGAUAACUCACUAAGCUUUUCUUUCUCUCCUCUUGGCUGAUACAGGGAAUUCAGUCCACAGGCCAAAAGUUAAAUGCAAAUCCUGCAUGUUCUUUCCUGAGCACUUCUGUUAAUGCUGAAUGAUAGAUUCACUGUGACUGAAAGUGAAACUCAUUACAUUGAUAGGGAACAAUCAACAAUAUUAAUUGUAAAGAUGAACAUAAAUUAAAAUGUGCUUUUUCCUAGUCCUAUUGAUUUUGGAGAGUGCAACCUCUUGUUAUUUUUCAAGUCCAAAUAUGGCUCAAAUCUGAUUAGCGCCACAUAUCACUCAGCUAGUUUUGCACCAAGUCCUCAAUGAGUGGUUUUCCUCUGCACUUCUCUAUUGCUCUUCUUCUCCUCUGAAUAACUGUUCCCAAAGUUUAUGGGGAGGAUAAUAGCAUUAAGAUUGGUGUAGCACAGUAAAACAAUGUGAAAAAAAUGUUAGCUAAACAUCAGGGUUUGCUCCUGGACAAUAAAUCUAAAGCCAUUGAAGGAAAAAAGCCUUUCAAAAAUAGUGAAUUCUGUGUGAUGCAACAUAUUCUCUGUCAGAUUUUUAGAUAUGGGAUCUCAAAAGAUGUUUUUUGUUUGUUUGUUUGUUUUUGUGACCCCAUUACUGGACUUCUGCUGGACAACUGUGCCAAAUUCAUUCCUCAGCUUGGGGCUAUGUAUAUAGAUAGAUCCCAUAAAAACUCAAAGCAGGAAUCACCACAUUUGGGAAUUUAAACGAGGGUGCCACGCAGUGGCUGAAUAUAUCUCACUGCACCUCUCUCCCCGCCCACUGCUCAGGAAAACAUUAAUUUGGAAUGAAGAUGCACAGCAUGUUUUUGGAGCUUUAAAGACUGCUUUUGCAUCAGAAUCCAUCCUUCAGAUAUGACUAUGGGUAGUCGUGACCCAUCAAAAGCGCGGUCGUCGAAAUCGU